AGAUGGGGAACACGUUAGGAUUGUUAUAAAGCUAACAAAUCCUACGGCUACUAGGUUAAAAUCCGCACCAACAUAUUAGCGUGAUUACAAAGCAAUUACAUGAUGCCGAUCUUUUGUAAUCGCAUGUUACCGAUUAACGGCUAAAAUACAUAAGCCACAACAGAUCUACACAACAACGCCCAUAGGAAACCUCAGCUCGUGUUGGUGGGCGUAGUCGUACGAUAUCUUUUUCCUCUCUCUCUUACCUCGGCUUGUCUCCGCAAGCUUCACGGGACCAUGGCCUUUUUCCAGAUUGGCAGAUCCAACAACAACAAAAAUAAGUAGAGAAUCACUCUCGGACUAGAACUUCCUCUCAGAAAAAAAUCCCCGAAAACCCACAACAAUGUCUAUCCAGUAGACAAUCUAAUUCCGAUUUCCCCAAAUCCAUGGAGUCCGAGCUCAAAGACAUGACUUCCUCAUCUCCGCUGGAGCCCGAACCGGCCCGGCGCAGCCACGACGACGGCGCCUCCUCCAAGGACGACCGGCCGCUCCUGAAGCAGGAAAACUCAGGCUCCGCCGUUGCCGCCACCGGCGAGAGCCUCGAAGAGCUGGAGAAGAAAUUCGCGGCUUACGUGCGUCACGACGUGUACGGCCCGAUGGGACGCGGCGAGCUGCCGUUGACGGAGAAGUUCCUGCUAGGGCUUGCUCUGGUGACUCUGGUUCCGAUUAGGGUUCUGGUAGGGAUGAUCGUUUUGGUGGUUUAUUACUUGAUUUGUAGGGUUUGCACGCUGUUCUUGGCUCCGAAUCGGGAUCAGGAUCAAGAACAGGAAGAUUACGCUCACAUGGGAGGUUGGAGAAGGGCCGUCAUCGUCGCUUGCGGGAGGUUCCUCUCCAGAGCCAUGCUUUUCGUGUUUGGGUUUUAUUGGAUCAACGAGACCUAUCGGAUUCCCGAAUAUGAUUCCAAAUCAGCCGCAGAGUCUGAAGAAGAGCCAGGAAGACCUGGGGCAAUUGUAUCUAACCAUGUAUCAUAUGUGGAUAUCUUGUAUCACAUGUCUUCUUCUUUUCCAAGCUUUGUUGCUAAGAGAUCAGUGGCGAAGCUUCCUCUAGUUGGGCUGAUUAGUAAAUGUCUUGGUUGUGUCUAUGUUCAGCGGGAAUCGAAAUCUUCCGACUUCAAGGGUGUUGCUGCUGUUGUGACUGAGAGAGCUCGCGAAGCUCAUGAGAACGAGAAUGCACCCAUGAUGAUGCUUUUUCCAGAAGGCACAACUACAAAUGGGGAUUUUCUCCUCCCAUUUAAGACGGGUGCUUUUCUUGCAAAAGCUCCAGUUCUUCCAGUGAUCCUGAGAUAUCCAUACCAGAGAUUUAGCCCUGCUUGGGACUCAAUAUCAGGGGUACGCCAUGUGAUUUUUCUUCUCUGUCAAUUUGUUAGUUACCUGGAGGUGAUUCGAUUGCCCAUCUACUAUCCAAAUGAGCAAGAAAAGGAAGACCCAAAACUUUUUGCUGAUAACGUCAGAAGGUUGAUGGCUAGAGAGGGCAAUUUAAUAAUGUCGGAUAUCGGACUGGCUGAGAAGCGAAUAUAUCAUGCUGCUCUCAAUGGUUUGUUAUGCCAAUGCUAAUUUCGGAUCCGCCAUCUGUAUAUUCGUUUUGCGAUUCUACUAUAAUAGGAAAUAUGGUGUUUACAAGGAAAACCAUGUUCCGCAUAAGUAAUCUUUUGUUCACAUUAAUUCAAAUUGUAUUCAUCUACUUACAUUUUUUUUUUCCUGCAAGUUUUUUGGGUCUGAAAAUGAGGCCUUUCCAUUCUUGAUGGUUAAUCGAGGGUCCAAAGUGUUUCUUUUCCGAUUAGAAAUUAAGGAUUCAAAAGUUGAUCUAUCCCGUUAAAACAUAGCUUUCUUGGGUGUUCUGCUUGAAUCUUUCUUCGAAAGCGAAAGCCUAAUGGUUUGUAAGAAGUGCGAACGCAUAACUACAU